AUUCAAUUCAGAUGUCAUAUAUCAAUAAAUUACUUGUUGCUAAUAGAGGAGAGAUUGCUUGUAGAGUAAUGAGGACAGCCAAGAAAAUGGGUAUAAAAACUGUUGCGGUGUAUAGUGAUAUUGAUAAAAACACUUUGUUUGUUGAGAUGGCUGAUGAAGCUUAUAAUAUAGGUCCUCCUUAAGCUUGUAACAAUUGGUUAAUAUAUGUUAGUGCAAUCAUAUUUAAGAAGUGACAAAAUUAUUGACGUUGCCUUAAGCACAAAGAGUCAAGCUAUUCAUCCAGGAUUUGGAUUUCUUUCAGAGAAUGCACAAUUUUCUGAAGAUUGUCAAAAAAAUGAUCUUGUAUAAAUUGCUUUAAAUUUUAAAGAUAUUUGUAGGACCCAGUGCUGAUGCUAUCAGAAAAAUGGGAUCCAAAAGCGAGUCAAAAAUAAUCAUGACAGAUGCAAAAGUUCCAGUUGUUCCAGGAUAUCAUGGUGAAACCUAGGAUCCCAAUUUGUAUUUAUGAUUCUAAAGAGAUUAGUCUUCUUCAGGAGGCUGAGAAAAUAGGGUUCCCAGUUUUGAUAAAAGCUGUUAUGGGUGGAGGAGGAAAAGGAAUGAGAAUUGUUAGAUAGAAGUCUGAAUUCUUGGAGGCGUUGGAAGGAGCAAAAAGAGAAGCCUUGAAGAGUUUCAAAGAUGAAAGAGUGCUUGUUGAAAAGUACAUUGAAAAGCCUAGACACAUCGAAGUGCAGAUCUUUGGUGAUAAGCAUAACAAUUAUGUUCAUUUAUUUGAAAGGGAUUGCUCAAUAUAAAGAAGACAUUAAAAGGUUAUAGAAGAAGCACCUUCUGCCUUGGAUGAGUAUAUAAGAUAUGAUAUUGGUGAAGUAUGAUUUAAUCCAUAAAUUAGAAAGCCAAAGCAGCUGCCAGAGCAGUUAAAUACUCAAAUGCAGGAACUGUAGAGUUUAUAUUUGAUUUGGAUUCAAGUAAAUUCUACUUUAUGGAAAUGAACACAAGACUGUAAGUUGAACAUCCAAUUACAGAAAUGAUUACUGGGGUUGAUCUAGUUGAAUGGUAACUUAGAGUCGCAAGUGGAGAAUAACUACCCUUAACUCAAGAAUAAAUUAAAAGAAAAGGUCAUUCCAUUGAAGCUCGUAUCUAUUCAGAGAGUCCAAACAACAACUUUUUACCAGGAAGUGGCAAACUUGAUCAUUAUUCAGAACCAAAAGCAUCCCAAUCUGUUAGAAUUGAGACUGGGGUAAGAGAAGGGGAUACCAUUUCAAUCUUCUAUGAUCCCAUGAUUGCUAAAUUGGUUGUCUAUGGAGAAAAUAGGCAAUUGGCCAUCUAAACUCUGUUAAAUGCCUUGUAAAAUUAUUAAGUAAUGUUUACCAUUAUAUAAUCAGAUUCAUGGCCUACCUAAUAACAUUUCAUUUUUAAAAACUGUUCUUUAGCAUCCAGAAUAUGUAAAUCAGUAAUAUGAUACCUCCUUCAUUGCUAAAAACCAAGCUACUUUAUUAAAAUUAAAAGACCAUUACAAUCCUAUCGAUAUUGCUCUAGCAAUUGCUGGUAGACAUUUCCUAAAUUCAGUUCAGUUACCUAAAUCACUAUUAAAUUUUAGAAAUGGCGCUCAAAUUCAUAAUAAAUUAUCAUUGCAUAUUUAAAGUGCUUCUUAUGCACAUUAAAAGGAGAUUAAGAUAACUCAUAACAUCAAUGGGAACACUCAUGAAUUAGAAAUUAAAGGAUAAAAGAUUGUAGUGAAUAAAGUAACCAAAAGUAAAGAACAUAAUAAUUUAUUAAUUUUUGAAACCAAUAAAGGCAUAUUUAUUAGAACAAUAAGAAAUAACGAAAACGUAUUAAUUUUUGAUGGCGAAGGUGAUCCUAUCACCAUUACCGUUUCUUCUGAUGAAGUUACGAAGGUCAAAUCGGAUCAACAUGGACAUGGUAAUAAUAAAGAAAUUGUUGCUCCUAUGCCUUGCACUUUGACCAAGGUUAAUGUAAAGGUUGGAUAAAAAGUAAAAAGAGGUAUAACAUUAAUAAUUAUUAAAGGUGAUAUCUUAAUUAUCAUGGAAGCUAUGAAGAUGGAACAUACAAUCAAAGCUGCCAUCGAUGGUGAAGUUAAAGAGAUAAGAUAUAAGGAAGGUUAAUUUAUAGAGCCAGGAGCCAUGAUUGUUAAAUUAGAAUGA